CACCCCAAGCGGGACGACGCCGGUAGCGGCGAUCAUCCCCAACCCUCCGGUGUACACGAAAGUCUUCUAGAAAAUCAUUCCAGUAGUACCUCGCUAGCCUCGGGGAUACAUGUUCGAUCAUCAGUGUGAUUCAGUUCAAUGAAAAGGACAUUGAAAGACUGUGUUGAUAGCCUUGGGCAAUAGCUGAAAGUGUUUUAAUCGGUGCAUCAAUGGUGGAUUAUUAUAAUUACAAGAUGUCGGGGAGUGAGGAUGAGCCGGAGGUUCACGUGCAGUCAGGGAUGACCAAGGCCGAGUUGCGAAGGAGCAACAAGCCUAUCAUGGAGAAGCGUCGUCGAGCGCGGAUCAAUCAGUGCCUGGACGAGCUGAAGAGCCUGAUCCUGGAGGCGAUGAAAAAAGACGCUGAAACAGGAGGAUACAAAUAUGGAUACAAGUUGAAGCCGACCAGGCAUUCGAAGCUCGAGAAGGCCGAUAUCCUCGAGAUGACGGUGAAGCAUUUACAAGCGGUGCAGCGUCAGCAAUUGAGCACGGCGAUCGCUACCGAUCCGGCGGUGUUAACGAAAUUCCGGACCGGAUUUUCAGAAUGUGCUACCGAAGUAUCGCGGUACGUCAGCCACCUCGAGAACGUCGAUCCCGUUGUCAAGCAACGACUGGUAUCACACUUGAACAAUUGCGUCAGUAAUCUGCAGCAAAUGGCGCCCUUCUACAGCCACUACGUGCCCUACAUGCCGGAACGCCUCUACCCGGAGGUGAAGGUCGGUUUCCAGAGCGAUUUCCAGAAUGGCGACGAGAACAAUAACGGAAGUGCCAGGAUACAGAUACCGAACGGUGUUCAGCUGAUACCGAGCCGGCUGCCGAGCGGCGAGCUGGCUCUUCUGGUGCCGCAAUCGGCGGCCAUCUCCGCGAACUUUCCCUUCUUUCCGCCGGCCGCGGAGCCGGCGUCGAAUGUCGUUCAGUCGUCCGCGUUCACCGUGGUCCACAGGCCCCAGAGCCCGUUGCUAAGUCCUUCCACGUCCACGUCCAGCUUCGGAGAGGAGAGCCAUAACUCGGAACUGUAUCUCCAAGCCCACUCGCCCAAUCAUCAGCCGCGGUUCAAGAUACCCGAGCCGAGUCCGGCCUCCUCGAAGAGUUUCGCAUCGUCCCCGGAGACUCAAAAGCCGCAAAUCAGCUCCACCAGCGACAGCAAGUCGCCGGUCCCCGUGUUCGCGGAGCCGAAGCUCGAUGGAGGCCAACCGACGGGGAAGGACGUCGCCGCGGACUCGUCGGACAUAUUGGACGGCGACGGGAUCGCGACGAAUUUACGGCAACCGCUGUCGGUGAUCACCGAUAAGACCUACAAUCGAUCCAGCCCGGUGGCCGCCAACAGGAGGGAAGCCAUCAAGAGGCACCACGACGGACUUCUAGUAAUCUCCGAUAAAAGACCUAGGUACCAAGAAUCGAUCAGCUCCACCGUUCCCAUGGAUUCUUCUAAUGGCGCGCCAAAAUCCGGGGACGAUCAACCGCUGGCUAUAGAGGAUUUGUCGAGGAGACCGACUUGCUCGACUAAUAGAAAUUCUAAUCCUAAUCCUCUAAAAUUUGCUGCGGUGGCCGGCCCUUCGGGCGCGAACGCCGAUAUGUGGAGACCCUGGUGAUUCCGGGAUUGUCUUCACGGUUUCGUUCGUCGGCACCUAGCACGGAGAUACCCGGCCUAGAUUGCUUAGUACAAAUAAUUACGUUAGCGACCCACACGACUGUGACAAGUAUCCUAAGAUCGAAGAAGCAUCGCGCGCAACGUUGUGCCUUAAACGGACGGCAAAACUCUUUUGGAUUUCUUUUCUCUUGACGGCCAUUUCGUUUCAUUUCGUUUUAACCUGUUACCGUAUCGUUGUGAACUUUACAUCAAUUUGUAAACUUUUAUUUCAUAGAAGAAAUAGAACAUUUAGAUUUAUCGAGCGUUUACAUCUGCUUGAUCGUUUAAAACAUUGACGACAGUCGAUAGAAUUUGAUUCCGUCUCGAAAAGUCGCACGCCUAACAGCUCAUUACUAGAGAUCUCUACCGCGAGUCUGGUACGGCAAGGGGUUUAAUGCUUGAUUCGUUGUGGAACGAUGAUUUUAUUUCAACCCUAAUUAAGUAUAUUGAGGUCACGAGUGACCCGGACAAUGUAUUUCUAUCUUAUUCCGUAGCGGAAGUUCAAAUAUUUCCACGUUUAUACUAUUUUAUACGCUAGCUAGGUGUACGAUUUGUCUAGAUUUAGAUGAACCCGUCAUUUGCGCUUUAUAUUUAGGGUCUACCGUGACCCCGGUAUGCCACUUACUUUUGUGAAAAUCAUUGCGGCAAUUAACGAUUAAGAUACAGUUAACGAGUGAAUUUGCUCCAGUAAUUUUGUUUCGAUCGUGCCAACUGAGCCACACAGAUUUUUGAAAAGCUCGGAAUGAGAUUCCGUGAAAGAUUGUUUUUCACCGCACAAAACACACGUCGCUCUUGACUUCGAGUAUACCUGUAUUAGAUUUUAAUUAUAAUAUCCAGUGCAGACGAGCGAGUUGUUUUAUAUGGGCAUUUUUAAUACAUUGAAAGAUUGAAUUCUUUGAGGUAUAUAGUUUCUCUUACAUUUUAAUCGCCAGCGUUAGGACGUUAAAUGAGUAAUUUUAUUACCUAGUAGUUAUGUAGUUGUGUAUCAUGCGUGACAGAACUCGCUGUCUGCAUUUGGGCACCCAAGACUUGUUAUAUUUAUUGCUAGAGUUAGGCAUUUUAUACGUAAGUUUAGUAAAUUAAUGCCCGCGGUUGACACUUUACCUACCGGAUUGUUAAUUGUUCUUCUGUAAUAGGAAGGAGAUAAGAAUGUGUUAUUAAUCCUUUGCAUUCAAAGCUGGAUAAUGUAAUUUGUCUGGAACGUUUCCAUCCUGUUAGAGGCUCUUCUUACUUAUUAGAUUUGAAAUUGGAUUUAGGUUGAACCUGAAAAAAGACGGUCUAUAUAAAAUCGAAGCUACAGCAAUGCUCUUUGUAAAGUAGCUCUCAAUAUUUAUCUAUCAGAUCUAUAUUAUCAUUAUAUAUCUAUAUUAUCAUUAUAUUGUUAUCAUUAUCUAUCAGAUCAAUAUUUAUUAAAUUAAUUUUAUAACGAACGAAUAUAAUGAAAAAUCGAAAUUAUUUUGAAUUACGAUAUGCAAAGGGUUAAGAAUGGUAUCUGCAGCAGGUAUUAAAGGUUUAUAUAUUGUUGAACAAAACGUUUUGCGUCGAUCUUUGUUAUUUGCAUAAUAAAAUUGUAUUGUUUGUAACUUUGGAAGCUAGACAUUGAAGUCCGAUGUUACCAAUAUGGCGGCAUUCGUUCUAAAAUGAUUGAAAAGCAAUUCCCAAUAAAAUGAUCUGUGACUUAAUGUGGCUAAUAGAAUGCGAGUUGAAUUGCUAUCCGAGAUAUCUCAAGAAAUCAGCUGCGAAUCACGGACUUCCACGAACUAUUGAACAGCCGAUAGGUAACGUGUUAAAUUAGCUGGGGAGACGGAUUAGGUGUUAAGAAGAAACCCGAGAAUGCAAACGCACAACUCUGUAUUCCUAGUAUCCGAAGACUUGCAAGCUUUAACGAUAUGACAUAUACUAAUCUAUGUAAAUAAACAUGGAACUUAUUUAAUUUGUACGGUAACGUAUAAGAAUUUUAGAAGCGUGAUGUUUUGUCAAUAAAAUGCCGAUCGAGGAAGCGAUCGCGAGCCCCGCCCGUCGUAAGCUAAGCCGGUUUGUGAUAACGUUAAAAAUAAAGAAAAUGGAUCGUGUCCGACGACGA